CCCACGGGGUUUGAUAUCCUUUCAAUCCAAUCCUUCACUUUCCCUUCUGUUUCUCCCCUUCUCACUUGGAGUGUCACCUCCCUCUUUCUGCUUUCCUCUUACACCGGGCUCUUGACUACCUGCCCUUCCUCCGACUGACUAUCAGCACCUAGCUGGCCGGUACUCUCGCGACAACACAGCAAUCCAAGUCUGCGUUCCAAUUCCACCGCGACUCCUCUAUCAGCCAACAACACAUUGCUAGACACGCCGCAUUCGAUAAACGUACAAUUGGUUGAAUUGUCACCAUCGAACCCACGGCAUUGAACACACCUGACCAGAGGCGACUUGGAACUGACAGCUUGAGCUUGUGCUAGAAUACUCAGCUUGAUCUUCCUUGGUUCAUACACUUGUUCCCUAGUUUGUUUGACAUACUCACUCCACAGGUUUCUAGUCCAUCGACAUGGCACCUCUCGCUUGUUCAUUCCGCUUCAACUCGCCAGUUCUCGCUAUGUCGCCAGAAGCAAUUCAUCCAUCGUCUUUCGGAAUGUCGUCCUACGAACACUCGGCCAUGCUGCCGAACACCAUCAUCACAUCGACAUCGACCAAACCAUUUCCUCAACCUUGCUCGCUCUCAGCUCUCCGUCCCAACCCCCACCAAACAGUUUCUCGUAAACGCUCCCGCGACGAAGCCGGUUCCAACUUGAGCAGCGAUUACCAGGGCAUGUCGCGCAACCCAACUCAUCGUGAACUCCAGGAAGACGCCAGAUACGGCGAGGGCAUGUCCCGUUUCAAGAGGAACAGAGGGUAUAUCGCGGACGCCAACAAUCAGUCCAGUGGUUGGCUGGGCCACAUCACGCAUUACAAUACCCAAAGAUCGGUUCUCGCCAACCGCUCAGAGACGCCAUUCAUCCGCAGUACCAAGAGAGCAACGCCCACAGGACCUUCAUCAUCCACUACCCACACGGCCCCUGCACCAGGAAGCUUGGGCGGCAACAUGCAACCGGUGGUCGAUGACUUCACUCUACAUCUCGGCAUCGGCUGGCGAAAGCUCAGCGAGGACGAGCACAUCCAAGCAGCGGCUCGUGGGUGGUCUCGCUACAUUGAAAACCAUUACCCUCUGUCAUCAGCGGCCAUUCUUCUCGAGAGCAGGGGUUUGCAGGCUUACCUUGUCGAGUCGGCCGAAGGCUUCUUCCUCUUUUCUGAAGACCUACGGCAGGGCCGGUUAGUCAGUGUCAGGGCGGACGUGGCUCUCCAGAACCUGAAGUGCUCCCCGCCCGUCUUUGAGGGCCAGGACACGCUCUUUGCCACCGAUGCUCCAGAAAUCGGAACGGCUGAAGCGCAAGGCUUUCGGCACGGAUAUCACCACGGUAUGGCCAUGGAGAUGAGCUGAGAGAGGCACCGAAUCACUUUACAUUGCUGCAUCAUCCAUCCAACAUGUCUACCCUGCAACCUGGGCAUAAACACUACGCCCAUCAUGUAAUAUACUAUAUCGCGGAAUCAUUGUACGAGGUGGUCACCAACUUAUUAGGUUUCUCAUAUUUACGCUCGCGCAACCGCACAACCACAAAAUACACACAGUUUGAUUAGAA